AUGACAGAGACGAAUAAUGACUUACAUUUAAAGGAUGAGAACACUCGAGAUCUACAGAAAAAGGAAGAUUUAGAUAUGAACCUAAUUUCCCAAAACUGUAAUCCGAAAAUGAGGGAUACAUUACAAGGAAACGCGAAUUUGCUAAGUAAUGGAAAAGAUGAAAUAUUUAUGCAGCUGCAAACUGAAUUGUUUGACAUUCUAUUGGAGAUUUAUAAUCUAAUUCCUACAUGGGGUUCGUUUAAAGAAAACUUUUAUUUUCAUUGGAAGCGAAUAAUUGGUGCUUGCAACUUUAAGGAUCUUCAUGCUUAUAGAUUAAUUUUUAGAUGCUUAGGGAAUUUACGCCCUUCUUCAACACCUAUAUUUAUUCUAAGACCGAUCAUUAAACAACUUGAUGAAUAUAGAAAAAUUUCAGAACCCGAAUAUUCUUCAUCUAAUUUUGAAUUGAACUCAAAUAUACAAGGGAAUAUAAUUACUAGCUCUCAAACUCCAAUUGUUAUGUUUCAAAAUACACAGACAAUAAAUAUUCCCAAUGUUCUAGUUGAAGAAAAACAAAAAAUAUUGCUUGAGAAUAAAAUAGGACCGAAUUUAUCUCCUGAUAAAUACAAUUCUAACCUUUUUCAUGGAAUAAUUAAUGAAAAUAAAGAGUGUUCAGGGUUGGGAAUAGCAGGAAUCAAUGAAAAAAAUUUCGUUCCAUUUUCAAAAUUUGAAAAUGACACAAUCAGUUCAGUACAAUCAAAAGACAAUCUUAAUAUUUUAUUUGAUAAUAUUUUCAAUUCAGUGAAUAAAAAUAUCUAUUUUUCUGACAUUAAAAAACACGAGAAUUUUUCAAUUGAUAUUGAAAAAUCUUCAGAAGACAUGAAGCUAACAAAUGAGUUAUUUAAUAAGGAAACCACUUUUUCGGAUGAUUAUAAUACUAAUGAAGUUAUUAAUAAUACAUUUAUGAUUUCGAAUUAUUGUAAUUCGAAUUCUAAAGUCUCUUCGCCAUAUGGAUCAACCUGCACAACAUCAUCACUUUCACCCACAGAAUGUAACAUUGCAGUUCCAAUAAUGGCUGCCUUUCAACAUAUUCAAGCUGUGGCAGUAGCAGCCGCUGUUGUGAAUAAUACUAAAAAUAAACUAAAUUCAGUAAAUGAUGCAUCAAAUGAACACCUUACAAUACAACCUAAGAAAAGGCCGAGGAGGAAUGGUGAUAUUCAAGGCGUAUAUUUCGACAAAAUACGUAAGCUUUGGCGUGCAAAUUGGAAAGAAAAUGGACGCGUUAAAACAAAAGGAUUUUCCGUUUUUCAAUUUGGAGAUGAAGGUGCUAGACAAAGGGCUAUUGAAUAUCGUAAAAGAAUGGAAAAAGAAUUCUAUAUCAUGCCUCACUCCAAAUUCUCUAGAAGCUCAAGUAAUGAUGGAACAAUUUAUAUUAAUUCAGAGAAAGCUUUAGGAAGCGAAGUUUCAGCUAUAAAGAAAGGUACUGAACGUGGUUCAAAUUUAAACAAUAUUUUAAAUAGUUCGAGGUUAAGCUCUGAAGAUAUGAAAUUUUCGGAAAAUUCGAAUUCCAAUUUAAAUAAUUGA